AUGGCCACACCGCCUCCCGAGGUCCACAACAAAUUAGAUUCGACCAGUACCUCCAAAUCCUCUGAUCAUGCAACCAUAAGAUCCAACGAGCGGAUCUCAGUCCCUCAAAAGCCUCCUCCUACAGUCAUGAAGCCCUCUUUUGCCAUGGCUCCUGUUAACAGGAGCAUUAUGCUAGGAAACCCCUCCAUGUACUCCGGCAGAUCAAUGUCCAUGGUGAGGGAGGAAGGCAGCCACUUGACAACUAACGCGUAUGACAGAUUGAUGGCGAUGAAUAGGUCUAACGAUGUUGACUUUGGUCUACCUGAGGUACCUGGCCCCGGCACAUACGGAAUGGAACCAAAGAAGGCGUCUAACCCUGCCGCACGAAUGAAUGCUGCCAAGUUUAAAUGCAUAGUCUUCAGCACCCUCGCAGUGCUCCUGAUCUUUAUGGAACUUCUAUUUAUUAUCACAACCAACGAUUGUGAACAGAGGGCGACGCUCAGCAAAACUGUGGCUGGCCUUGCUAUACUCAUAAUCAUCCUUGAAUGGGUUAGAGCCUGGCUACUGCAAGAGACAUCGCCCAUGAUGGUGUCAAAGCUCUACCGCUCCACUGUACACGAUACCAACACUGACAUGGAGGUUGCUCUCAUCUAUGUCGAACCUCCUCAGCAGGAGGAAACUUCACCAAAUUCGCUGUAUACGAAGUCGCCAGAAACGGCUCCUAGAUCUCAGAUCCCGCGACUCGUCAUGAAGGAGCCUACCUACGGAGAGGUUCCCUAUGAGUACGCAGAAGGCGCUGCAGCUGUGCUAGGCGUCUUAAAAGGAAAGUCCCAAAAAGGUGGGGAGGAUAAAUGCUCGAACACGGUCACCUACCCUAUGAUAAAUUUGGGGCUGGCGGCAAUUCGUAUACUCAUAUUCAUAGCAAGUCCAAUGUUCCGCGGUAUCUGCGCCCUGUGUGCCGGCCAGCCAGUCGAAGAGACGCCGUUGGUAGUCAAGACGCAGAAUACGGAAUUUAUCAAUGAGCUCACAAAUCCACCUGUUGCACAGAAAAAAUACAGCAGUCAACAGAGGAAGGGUACCAGCACUGAAGAGCUGUGA